CCUUCCCGACCUUCCUCUCCUUCGGCCAUGGUCUCUGCAACCUGCAAAAACAAUGUCCCAAUCAAAACAAAACCCAGGUUUCCCUCCUAAACACUCGCUCACCGACUCGUCCACGACUCACACCCAACUCAUCGACUCGCUCACUUCCCACAUCUCUCUCUACCACUCCCACUCCCACUCCAACACUCAUGCCCCAAGCCCUAUUCCUAACCCCACCAGGUCCGCCAUUCUCAAAUGGUUCUCAUCUCUCACCGUCCACCAGCGCCAAGCUCACCUCACGGCCGUCGAUUCAAAGUUCGUCCAAAUCCUCAUCCAAAUGCUCCGCAAGCUGCGCACCCACGGCCACGGCUCCUUCAUCGCCCUCCCCGACCUCCCCUCACGUGAUCUCCCCGCCCUCUGCUUCAGGAAGUCACGUGGCCUCCUCUCUCGCGUCGCCGAGUCGGACGAGUCGAACCGGCUGAUCUUCGACUCGACUAGGCUCUUCUCCUCCGCCGAAGGCGAAGACGUCACCGCGUGUUCGUGCUCGAUCGAGAGCGUCGAUGCGGUGACGGUGAGCGAGGAGUUGGUUGAGGAUUUGGAGAGGUUUGUGGGGGCUAUGGAUGGGAUAUCGAAUGGGGGCUUCUUGAGAGGCGACGAGAGCGAGUUGGGUUCGGAUUGGGUGGAAUUGGAGUGGUUGAAGGCGAAAGGGUAUUACAGCUUAGAGGCGUUUGUGGUGAAUCGGUUGGAAGUGGCGCUGAGGCUGGCGUGGUUGAAUUGUAAUGGUGGGAAGAGAAGAGGGGUGAAGUUGAAAGAGAAGGCGAGCGUGGCGGGCGUGGUGGCCAAUGUGUAUUGGAGGAAGAAGGGCUGCGUUGAUUGGUGGACGAAUUUGGAUGCCACGACCAGGAGGAAAGUUUUGACGGUGGCAUUGGGGAAAUCGGCAAAAGCGUUGAUUCAUGAGAUUCUGAAGGGAGCAACUAGUGGUUUGGAGGAUGAAACAAGGCUGUUUAGUGCAGGGGCAGAUCAUCGUGUGAAAUACAAUUAUACUGUGGCAAUGCAAAGGAGUAUCCCCAGUAUGACUGUAGAAGCUGAAUUUGGCUCAACCAUUAUCCCUGCUACUCUUUCUGGGAAACCUACUUCCGUAGUGAAUGCGUUUAGUAGUUUGCUUGUGCUCAAGGAUAUCAUUAUGAUCAUAUUAUCAUGUCCAAAUAGUGGGUAUGAUACAGGGAAACUAUUUUUUAGUACGUUGGGAUCUGUUUGUACCAUUUCCGAUUGUAUACUAAGGAAACUGCGAGGAUUUCUUAUGGUUGUUUCACUUGAUUGCACAAAACUGGAACUUCUGGGUGAGGGAAUUGAGAAGUCAUUACCUAAUAAAUCCAAAGAAAAGCUCAGUGCUUGCAGCCGUAGGAAAAAGGGGAGGAGCCGAAAUAUGAAAAAGGAUCUUGAUUGUGCAAUUGCACAUAAAGAGAAGGGAAAUUUGGUGGAUCUCAAAAAGGUACCUAAUGGAUCUCAGGAGAAGGAGACUUACAAAGAGACAUCAGCUGUUCAAAUGGAACAUGCCCGAGAAAUGGCUGUUGGAAAAGCUCAAACUGCUGCAAGGAAGAGUAGGAAAGACAAAAACAAAAAUAAAAAAUCUAGGUUUAACAAUACUGUGGAAGUGGGAAAUUUUGAGAGACCAGUCAUGGAAGAGCCCUCUUUCUCUGUUGUCUCUCAAGAUGAGGCAGCAAAGUCUGGUCGAGCAUCUGAUAAUCCAACCACUCAGAAUGCCACGGAUGAUAAUACAAUUGGUAAUAAUUUAUUUGCAUCAGGUUCAAGUCUUCCUAGUACUUCUGUUGAUGUGCCUACUAGUGAGGCCAGUGCCACCCAAAGCAUUCAAGGAGAUUAUGUUAACGGUUCUAGUGAAAGAUUCUGUCAUAUUGGUUCAGAGAAUAGCUUACCUAACAAUGUAGUUGAAAAUCAAACCUUACCUUCCAGAUUAGAAACCUUAAAUUGUAAUGGAAUACCUCCUGCUGUGCCUGCAUUGGAGUUUGAUAAUGUUCUCAGCAAUGAAGGUAUCAAUUUUCAGAAUUCUGCAUAUAGAAGUGAAUGCGAUGUGAGAUUAACUUUUCCUGAAAAACCAGUCCGAGCUUUUGAUGUAAAAGAGGAAGCUGUUCUGGCUAGGGAGCAAGAGAGUGUAAAUUCAUAUGAUACCGAACCCCCAACUUCUUCAGAGCGCCCUCCAAAUGAGUGGCCCAAUGUAGCUCCUUUUUAUUUUCCCUCUGUUAACUCGCAUCUCCCAGCUGCCACUGACCGAUUGCAUCUGGAUGUUGGUCGGCACUGGCAUAAUCACUUCCAGCAGUCUUUCAUACCCGCAAUGCAUCACGCCAGAAACUCUCCAAUUGAAGGUGGGUGUAACCCAGUUCUGUCUCGGCCAUUACCAAUGAGUUUAGAUUGGCCUCCCAUGGUUAGAAGUGCUUGUGGAUUGGCUCCCUCGGUAACCUGUAAUUAUGAUUCUGGAUGUAUCUCAAGGCUGCAAUCUACUUUUCCACAAAAUUUCGCCGCUCAAAGAUUUCAGCUUAAUGCAAUGACCACCGAUGAUGAGAGAAAGUAUUCUGGGGAUUUCACUGACUUGCUAACAAAUACAAAGGAACUAGCAGAUGAGUGUGACAGCCACUGCAUAUCGGAGGAAGAUGUUGAGGUUCAUGCUGUUUCUGGGAUAGAUUAUAAUCAAUACUUUGGUGGUGGUGUGAUGUACUGGAAUCCUUCCGAUCAUCCAGGGACAGGUUUCUCUCGACCGCCUUCCCUUAGUUCGGAUGAUAGCUCAUGGGCUUGGCGUGAAGCUGACAUGGUUAGGGCUGUUGAUGACAUGGUUGCCUACUCUUCUUCAUAUAGUACAAACGGUCUGACUUCACCAACGGCGGCUUCAUUCAAUUCUACUUUUGAUCCUUUGGCGCCUGGACACCAGGCCCUUGGGUAUGUAAUGCCGGGAAAUGAAGUACCUGGCAAGAUGUUGCAUUCCUCAUCAACAUUGGCAGACACAGUGGCGGAAGAGGAAGCUUCUAGUUCUUUGUCUAAUAUACCUAGUGAUGUUGAAGGGAAGACAGGAGAUUCACUUCCUUACCCGAUUUUGCGGCCAAUUAUUGUUCCAAAUAUGUCCAGGGACAGAUCAAGGUCUGAGUUUAAGCGUAGUCAUGAUCACAAAAGCCCGUGUUUUCCUCCUACUAGGCGGGAGCAUCCUCGGAUAAAGAGACCACCAUCACCUGUAGUGCUUUGUGUCCCAAGGGCUCCACGUCCACCGCCGCCCUCUCCUGUGAGUGACUCCAGAAAACAAAGGGGUUUUCCAACUGUAAGAUCUGGUAGUUCCAGCCCAAGGCACUGGGGUGUGAGAGGUUGGUACCAUGAUGGAAAUAACUUGGAUGAAGCUUGCUUACGCGUGGAUGGUGCUGAAGUUGUUUGGCCUUCUUGGAGAGCUAAUAGUCUUUCAGCUCGUCCAAUGAUUCAGCCUCUACCUGCAGCUUUGCUUCAGGAUCGGCUGAUUGCAAUGUCCCAGCUAGCUCGUGAUCAGGAACAUCCAGAUGUUGCAUUACCUGUGCAACCGCCAGAGUUACAGAGCUGUCCUACACGGAAGGCUUCUUUUUCUUUGAUGCACAGCCUCCUUCAUGAUGAGAUUGACUCAUUCUGCAAGAAGGUUGCUGAAGCAAAUAUGGCCAGGAGGCCCUAUAUCAAUUGGGCAGUCAAGCGAGUCACACGAUCUCUCCAGGUCCUAUGGCCCAGGUCCCGGACAAAUAUAUUUGGUUCAAAUGCAACCGGUUUGUCCCUUCCAACAAGUGAUGUGGACCUCGUGGUUAGUCUCCCUCCAGUGAGGAACCUGGAACCUAUUAAAGAAGCUGGGAUAUUGGAGGGUCGUAAUGGUAUCAAAGAAACAUGCCUUCAGCAUGCAGCGAGGUAUCUUGCCAACCAGGAGUGGGUAAAAAAUGAUUCUCUUAAGACUGUGGAAAAUACAGCUAUACCUAUUAUUAUGCUUGUGGUGGAAGUUCCUCAUGAUCUUAUCACCUCUUCUGCCUCUAAUGUACAAUCACCUAAGGAGGAGACUACUCACGUGACUGGUGAACAAGGCAGUAAUGUUCAAUCCGAUAUAGUUGUUUUAGAGGAUGCUGUCCUGACAAAAUGCUCACAGAUAGAUCAUGAUACUACUAAUGAUUCAAAAUCAGUUCGUAUUGACAUCAGUUUCAAGUCGCCAUCACAUACAGGACUCCAAACUACAGAACUGGUUAAGGAGCUGACUGAGCAAUUUCCUGCUGCUACACCCCUUGCUUUUGUAUUGAAACAGUUCUUGGCAGAUCGUAGCCUGGACCAGUCAUAUUCUGGUGGCUUAAGUUCCUACUGUUUGGUGUUACUAAUUACACGUUUUCUUCAGCAUGAGCAUCAUCUUGGCCGGCCUAUUAACCAAAAAUUUGGAAGCCUUCUGAUGGAUUUUCUGUAUUUCUUUGGGAAUGUGUUUGAUCCUCGCCAAAUGCGUAUUUCAGUACAGGGAAGUGGAGUUUAUAUGAAAAGGGAAAGAGGUUGUAGCAUUGAUCCAAUACAUGUUGAUGAUCCUCUAUUUUCAACAAAUAAUGUGGGGAGAAAUUGCUUUAGGAUACAUCAGUGUAUCAAGGCAUUUUCAGAAGCCUAUGCUGUAUUGGAGAAUGAGCUUACAUGCAUUCCUGAUUAUGGUGAUACAUGUCCAACGUCAACGUGUAGACUGCUUCCAAAAAUUAUCCCAAGUAUUGAUCUGGUAUAGGGAUUCUUGCUAGCUGAAGAGUUAUACAUGUUUGGAAGGUAUUCUUCAAGUCACUAGUUGAAACAUGGAGAUUGCUGGGUGAGGACGGCUUCCUUUUUUAGCAAGGUUUGACUUAUUACACUUGGAGCGGCCUUCAUUCCUCAAAAGUAAUGAGUUAUGUUCACUCAAAUAACCAUCUAAAUAUUAAAUGUGCUUAGGGCUCUGGUUACUAACCCCUUCCGAGCGGAAUUGGUGGUUUCCAAAUUCCGACCUGGGGGGUGUUGGAAUUGGAAUUUGAAUUUCGAGCUGAGCCGAAUGGUAUCGAAUUACAUGCAUAUUCGGAAAUCUCGGGUCGGCUUGGAAUUCAGUUUUACUGUUGGGUUGGGUUUAGGCCGUUUUUUACUACUGGCAGCAGGUCGCAGGUCGCAGUUGGCAGGUUGAUUGGCAGCAGGUUGUAGGGAGCGGCAGCAGGGCUUCGCAUGUAUGCUGUUAAUAGAAGAAACAACAAGUAUGCAUGCGAACAAGCAAGAUGAAAAAGGAGUAUAAGAACAAAGGAAGACAACACCAAGAGCAAGCAAGGAAGAGGAAAGCAAAACGUGAUUGUUUAUUGCUGUUAAUGGGAGGAAAACUUCAAAACGUGAUUGUUAGGUGCUGCUAAUCGAGAAGAGGUCAAUAUAACAGCAAGUGCAUAUGUUGUUAACCCAUAGUUAUUAUGGGCAAAGUUAGGAUUUGCAAACAGAAACAGAUGGAAAGAAGUUCUGUGUGGGGAAAUAAUGCGAUACUACCGAUAAAAAAAGGGUGAUCAGCACAAAAGGGAGGGAGCUGCGGCAGGGAGGGAGAUUGCCACAAAAGGGAAGGCAUGGCAGCCAGGGGGGAGAUUGCCACAAAAGGGAAGGAAUGGCAGCAAGGAGGGAGAUCGGUGCUCGGCAGCAGGGAGAAAGAGAAGUUGAGGGUUUCUGAGAAAUACUAUGUAUCACCUGAUUUUUAGUAUUUUUUAUUUUUAUUAUACCUCGGGUCAGGGUGGCUCGGAAUUAGGAAUUUUUGAAAUCUGGAUUCAGAAUUCCUCCCUGACCUGGGGCAGAAAUCAAUUUCUGAUGAGCUGAGGCCUGUGGGGAGCCGACCAGGCGGCUUGGGUCGGUGCGAAAACCUCAGGUUGGGGUAGAAUCGGGCGGUUUUUGCCCAGCCCUAAAUGUAGUUGAUGUUUUAUUUUAGUUGUUAGGUUGUGAUUUAUCAUACCAAUCACAUUUCUUGAGUGUCUAAGCCUUUAACUCAACUCAAGAAAUUGUUGAAUGUGUAGUCAUCUAUAUAUUAAUCACUUUCUGAUGUUGCAAUGUUAGUUUUGCAACUUUUUCCUCA